AUGUUUUCGCUAAUUUUUUCGGCGCUAUGCGCCUGGUUUGCAUUUUUCUUGCCUUGCUUCGCCACGUUUAAGCUACUCUCUCAACAUCCUGUCCCGGAGGCUGAGCUGCAAAGAACUUCCAAGUAUUGGGCUGUGGUCGGUGCUUUUGUCGGAUUUGAAUACCUUGCGGGCUGGUUGAUUAGCUGGCUGCCGUUCUACUGGGAAAUUAAAACAGUUUUUUUGCUUUUCCUUUCUCUUCCUCAGACACAGGGCUCGACCUUUGUGUACGACUCCUACCUCAAGCCCGUCUUCGUCAAAAAUCAUAAUAGCAUUGAUUCAGGCAUUAUCUCCAUCCAAGGGAGCGUCAUCACCUUCAUCCACAACCGUCUUUACGCCGUGUGGGAACUUCUCUGGAGUGUCAUUAACAAGACCCCUCCUCCAGGACAGCCACCCGCAGCCGCCCCUCCCCCGACCGCCGGAUUCAGUGUAGAAUCUGCCAUGGGUCUGUGGCGCACGUAUGGCCCGUCCCUGUUGAGUGCCAUACAGACAGGGAACGCGCGUGCCGUCCCUGCGACCCCCCCUGCCACGCCCAGUACCUCGGCUUCCUCCACCUCUACUGAUAAUCUUCCGGGUGUUGGCACUCGAGGGCCUGUUCCAAUUUCUGCGGCUGCUUAAAGUGUCUUUAGUUGUUUGAUUCACACGCGAAAUAUUUAGGGAUCUUUCUUCUCGCUUCGCCAUUUUUACAAAUAGUGUGCUUGUGUAACGCGUUUCACAGUACAAGGCCUCCCAAUUCCAUCAGUAAAAGCUCAUAAUGAUAAUGCAUCAGACUCCUCCGACUCGGUGACG